AUGGGAAGUCUCGCGGGCGUAAACCCUUGUUAUUCGUGUAGACUCCGGUCGCUAGGUUCCGUGCGGCAACUUUCCACCUCCUCUGGAGACGCGCCGCUUCGGCGUCUGCCUGGUGAAAGUCCCACGUCCGCAUCAGUGAAGCAGCAGCGCAGCGCUUCCGCCCGCGGUAGUUCUUCAUCUUCCCUCUUUCCUGCGUCCUCCACCGAUUCGGCGACGCAGUCUCCAGGCUCUACGCCGUCCUACCUUCCGUCUGCGUCAAGUUGGAUGCCUGCAUUCGCCGUUCGGCCGCGACCACAGCCCGGAGGGGUGAUCCCGUCUGUCCAGCCUCUCGCUGCGCCCUCGGCUUCCGCUGCCUCUCCAUCCUCGUCGCCGUCUUCGUCUCCUUCGCCGUCCGCGUCUCAAAUCCCCCCCGCCUCGCAACCUUCUAGCUCUCCUCAACGUCCCUCUUUCUCUUCCGCGCGGCCUUCCUUCCCUGCCUCGCCUCACUUCCCACCUCUCUCCGUGCAGCGUCCUGCACCGUCGCCGUCUGCUGCCGCGCCGCAGCCGCAUUCUCCUGCGUCGCCUCCGCAGUUAUCGGCGGGGGUCGCUUUCCCCUCUCGUCCUCUGUUUCGUGCUGCGUCGUCACCCUUCUUCGUCCGUCUCGCGGGCGCUCCAGCGCCGCCGCCGCAUCUUUUGCAGGGGUCGGCGUCGAGCGUCUCCGAGGCCGUGAGGCCCCAGGCGCCCUCUGCCGCAGGAGCCCCUUGGGCGUUGCCGCCGGUCUCCUCUGGGACGCCCCCUCAGGCGCAGCAGCACCCUGCGGGAGGCGCAUCGCCUCAUCCGCCCGCGGCUCUUCCUGUGGUGCCGCACGUCCCGUGCCAUGGCAAGUAUAGCUACCACCGGCCGCCCAUGUUCGAGGAAGGGGCGAACCAUGACGACGAAGUCCAAUGCUUCCAUACGUCGCUGGAGAGCGACGGCUCGCUUUUACUCUCGGGGGGGUCGCCGAUGGGCAUUCUCUCGUCUUCGGUUCCGCAGCGCGUCACGGAGGAGUUGCAGAUUCAGCGGAUCCACCGCGAUGUCUCCAGCCGCUCGCUCCCGGCGCCAGUCUUGGUCGGCCGUUUGUAUACGCUCGCGUCCUUCGCCGCCAAGUACACGAUGGUCUCCGCUUGCCUGUCUUCGGCGUCAUCCACUUCGUCCUUCGUUCCAGCAAACUCGCUCUUUGCGGGCUGUCUGUCUCCCUCGGGCGCUGCGGCUGCGGCUGCGGCUGCGGCGCGCAAGGCGGCGCCCCUGUCCCUGGUGUCGACCGCAGGGCUGGUGGCGGGAGCCCUGUGGGGCCGCGUGCCGGAGCUGGAGGUCACCGACGUCCCUCCGCUCCUCGACGGCGUCUCCGUUCUGCUUCUUCUCCACCAGCAGCAGCUGCAAAGAGAGAGGCAGAAAAAAAUGGAGGCCCUUGUGGCCGCCCCGUCGGAGCGACAGGCUGCUGCUCCGAGCAGCGAUGGAACUGUCGAGUCAACUCAACAGAUGGAGCGCGACUCGGGCGCAGAGGAAGAGACUCGAUAUGGCGCGGCCGGACUCCAGCUGCGUCUUGUGGCUCGAAUCCUGCUCGAUCGCCUUGAAGAGCUUCUGCACCUGCUCCGAAUCGAUGAGGUAUCACGCGCAGCAUGGCACGCCGCGUGCGUUCUCCCGCCCUCCGUUGUCUCGCCGUUUUUUUUCUACGCCGUGGACCUGCGCAUGGGAGACGCCAUCUGCCUCCUUGCGUCCGAAGGCGCGAACAACCCCGAGCUGUUCGACCAGCUGCUGCCUGUCGGGUCUUCCUCGAAGUCACUCGCCAGUCGCCCAGCGGUUCCCGCAGAGCUUGGCGCGGAUGGCGGAGAAGAGAAGGCGCGGGCGAGACUGGCGGCUUUGGCACGGGUUCUUCAUCCCUUCGCGGCAAAGCCGCUGAUUAACAAAGUCUCCUUUCUCCGGAGUGCGCCGAUGUUACAAGUAGUGUCCCGCCUGCUGGAGGCGACAAAAGAUCCUGACUCUGACACCCUCGUGCGCCUCCUCCAUCUCUACGGCCACUCCGUCCAGGCACGCCGAUUGGUGACGUCGAUCCUCUCGAGGCUAAAUAUCGAGGGAGACGCCGACCUGCCGGACGCAGUCCUCGUCGAUGUGUCCCUAGCCGCUGGUGCGGGCGAGCUGCCUCACAACCUAACAUCUGCAUGCGUCCGAAGACUUCUUUCCCGAGCUGCACAAGGAAUGCAUACGCACGCCUUGGCGGAAAGCGUCCUGGCGCUAGCAGGUCACCUUACACUUGAGCAGCUGUUAGAUUUAGCAACGCCCCUCCGCGAACGUGCGGAGCUUCUCAGCGCCAGGCAGCAAGCGGCGCUUCUUCUCCUGUACUCGCAGUCUUGUGUUGCAGCAACGGACCUUCUCCGAGCACUUGAAACACACCUUCUUGCCUCCAUGGAGACCCUUCCGGUGGAUCUCUUUGCGCGAACGGCUCUCGCAUUCUCAAUGAGCACCUCCGUCUCUCUCCUAACGGUCAAUAAGAUCGCGGACACGGUGCAGGCUCAUGCGCUUGCCAAUACGAUCUCUCCAGAACGGCUUGUCGACGUGACGCUCGCUCUGGCAGUGGCUGGGCGGCAGAACCUGCGCUGCUGGGACGCGUUUGGAGUUUCCACCCGGAUCGCCGACUUCAGCUGGAGAUCUCUGCCUAUCCUGGCUUGGAUUUUUGCCAUGACAGACUAUCGAGAGGUUUCGGCGUGGCAGUCCAUCGCACUGCUGAUCCCUCAAUUUGCCGCAGAGCUCUCCAUGGUGCAGCGGAGCCAGCUAUACGAAGCUUUCACUGCCGCUCGUUUGAUCGGAUUCUUCAACGCGCAAGAUCAAGUACCCGAGCUGACCACGCGCUUGGCGAGCUGGAGGCGAUACUGGACUCGCUUGAGGUGCCUUCCUUCAUCUAGUUCAAAGAUCGGAGGGAGACACGCAGUCGCUACCGGACAUGAGAAAAGCGAAGAUGAUGAGAAAAGGCACGUUGGAAACCCGACAAGUCCCGUGCCGUAUGAUGCUAUGUUUUACGUUGCAAAAAUUCCAUGCGUGCAAGGUCGCGAGACCGAGCUGUACCCUAUUCCGUUUCUUGUACCGCAGUACAACCUAAUCUUCGAGCCGCUUGAUGCAACUCCGAUACACCAGGGAACCGGUAUGAAGCUUGGAGAGGUGGCGCUGCGCCAUCGCGUCUGGUCUGCUAUGGGAUUCAGCAUUUUAACGGUGAUGCACUCCGAGUUCCAGCAGUUUUUUGAGUCCGCGCGUGUCGUGGACCGUCCGGAGGCAGCGGGCGAUGCCAAGUCGGACGAUGGCGAUGUCCAGAAGGCGGCAGAUCUUCAGAUGGUUCUUGAAGACGGGCGAAAAUUCAACGUGGGAGCAGCAUCGAAGUUCCUGACGUCCCGAAUCGAAAAUGUAGCGCGCCAGGCCUCCACGUUAGACUGCUGGCUGAGCGUGUUGAAGGGAGGGGCGCAGAUGCAGCUACAAACUUCGCCGCCGGUCGCCCCUUCGCACGUUUCCCGGCAGGCCCCGCAAGAGCAGCAUCAGUCGUGGAACGGUCAUUAG